GGAGCGGAGGGAGGGACAAAAGGCCCGCAGCGUAUGGGAUGGUUACGCCACUCACACUUGGAGGAGAGCUGACGGGACAGAGGUGCAGGCCAAUCGCAGUCAGGCCUCUGGAGGCAGAGAGACUGGGGUGGAGACUUCGGAGACUGCAGUUGCAGUUCUAAAAACAGGUGGAGUUGGCUAUGGAUAAUUCAUAUGGUUUCCAUCAACAAAGCUCAUGUAAUAGAAUUUCAUCUGAGAAGAAAAACAACUUCCUUGUGUCAGAAGAUCAUGGACAGAAAAUCUUAAGUAUACUACAGAAUUUUAGAGAACAGAAUGUCUUUUAUGAUUUCAAAAUAAUCAUGAAAGAUGAAACAAUCCCAUGUCAUCGUUGUGUGUUAGCAGCAUGCAGUGACUUUUUCAGGGCUAUGUUUGAAGUAAACAUGAAAGAAAGAGAUGGUGGAAGUGUUACCAUUACUAAUUUGUCCUCCAAAGCAGUAAAAGCGUUUCUUGAUUAUGCCUAUACUGGAAAAACAAAGAUAACAGAUGAUAAUGUGGAAAUGUUUCUCCAGUUGUCAUCGUUUCUUCAAGUUUCCUUCCUAUCCAAAGCUUGCAGUGACUUUUUAAUAAAAAAUAUCAAUCUUGUCAACUGUUUACAGUUAUUAUCUAUCUCAGAUAGCUAUGGCUCUACCCGUUUGUUUGAUCAUGCUUUAUACUUUGUACAACAUCACUUUUCUUUAGUAUUUAAAUCCAGUGAUUUCUUAGAGUUGAAUUUUGGAGUACUACAGAAGUGUCUGGAAUCAGAUGAAUUAAAUGUUCCCGAAGAAGAAACUGUACUGAAAGUCGUCCUCAGUUGGACUAAACAUAACUUAGAAUCAAGGCAAAAGCAUCUGCCUUAUUUGAUUAAAAAAGUAAGAUUAUAUCACUUAUCUGAGGAGACACUUCAAGACUGUCUGCUCAAUGAAGAGUGUUUACUCAAAAGCACAGACUGUUUUGACGUGAUCAUGGAUGCGAUUAAGUGUGUGCAAGGUUCUGGCGGACUUUUCCCUGAUGCCCGACCCUCCACAACUGAAAAGUACAUAUUUGUUCACAAAACUGAGGAAAAUGGAGAAAAUCAAUACACAUUUUGCUAUAAUAUUAAAAGUGAUUCAUGGAAAAUACUGCCACAGUCACACCUAAUUGAUUUGCCAGGAUCUAGUCUGUCUAGCUAUGGGGAGAAAAUAUUCUUGACAGGUGGUUGCAAAGGGCCGUGUUGCAGAACCGUCCGGCUCCAUAUUGCAGAGUCAUAUCAUGAUGCCACUGAUCAAACCUGGUGCUACUGUCCAGUCAAAAAUGAUUUCUUCCUGGUAUCAACCAUGAAAACACCAAGAACCAUGCAUACAUCAGUUAUGGCUCUCAAUCGGUUAUUUGUCAUAGGUGGUAAGACUAAAGGCUCUCAGGACAUUAGAAGUCUCUUAGCUGUUGAAUCUUACAACCCUCUUUCCAAAGAAUGGAUAUCUGUUAGCCCAUUGCCCAGGGGCAUCUACUAUCCCGAAGCAAGUGCAUGCCAAAAUGUAAUUUAUGUUCUUGGAUCAGAGGUAGAGAUUACAGAUGCUUUUAACCCAUCACUUGACUGCUUUUUUAAAUACAAUGCCACAACCGAUCAGUGGUCUGAACUAGUGGCAGAGUUUGGGCAGUUUUUUCACGCAACACUAAUCAAAGCUGUCCCAGUAAACUGUACGCUGUAUAUAUGUGACCUUUCCACCUAUAAGGUUUAUAGUUUUUGUCCAGAUACUUGCGUUUGGAAGGGUGAAGGAUCUUUUGAAUGUGCAGGCUUUAACGCAGGUGCAGUUGGCAUUGAAGAUAAAAUUUAUAUAUUAGGUGGUGAUUAUGCACCAGAUGAAAUCACAGAUGAAGUCCAGGUCUACCACAGCAGCAGGUCCGAGUGGGAGGAAGUUUCACCAAUGCCAAGAGCCUUAACCGAAUUUUACUGCCAGGCGAUUCAGUUUAAUAAAUACAGGGACCCAUGGUUUUCUAAUCAUUACUAAAAGUAGUUUGUGAUCAGACAUCCUAAAACUAUUACAGCUUAGAAACCUGCAGUAAAUCUGUUAACCUUAAUUGUUGGUAAAAAGGUCUUCACAGCCUAAUAAAAUGCACCUUCUGUUAGAGAAUUACUAUGAAUGUACACCAUCUAUGAAUUAGCAAUUUCCAGAAACUUAAAAUACAGAAUACAUUUUACCAAAAAUUACACUGUAUUUAAUUUAAUCUUGUAGAAUCUAGAAUACUUAGUAUUUUCAUAUGUAAAAUAAAACUCAUAGGCUUUGAUGUUUUGAUUUUUGAAGUAUUUUAUCCAUGAAAGACUAGUUAAAAAUGAAUCUGAGUUAACAGAUUUGUGCAAUUUAAAUGGGAGGAAUCUCUUUAGGUAGUAAAAACCGUUUAUUUACACUCUGUAUUACAUGAAGUGAAAAAUAAAUUAGAGGUGAGAAUUCUACCUUGUUACUAUAGGUAUAAGAGCUGUUGAAUUCCUAUUUUUUCCAAUCAUUGGUUAGCUGCUUCUAAGCCCUUUCAUUUCUUUCAUCACUUUUAGUCAGGAAAUUUCUGAAAUGUAGUGUAUUUCCCCUGCCUUCUAAACUGUACAGUAAAUAUGGUUUAUCUCUUUUUAUGAUUCAACUCUUCAUUAAGAGCAUAAUGUAACCGUAUUGUUAUGCCACAAUGCCAUUGGCAGUUACUGAAAUGCCUUAAAAAUUGCUGAUUGUCUUAGUUGUCAGUGUUAGUUCGUUUCAUUUUCCAGCAAGAUUAUUUCUCGUAUUUUCUGACUCAUGCUCAGUAAAGUAGCAUUCUUGAUUUAAUUAAUUCUAAGUUACAGCUGACCUGAGUUUAUCUUAACAUUGUAACCCAUGGAGUGAAGUUCUUGAAUUAUGGGAUGAUUGUCCUAAAAUACUUUUUUCCUAUCAUGUUGCCAGUUUCCAAUGUGAGGAUGUAGAAAAUCUGACCUGUAGAUAAGUGGAUCACCCUUGUUGACAUUUCUUAUACUUUUACAUGUCCAAAUUUGAGUUGUAAUAAGAAAUUUCAGCAUUUCAACUAGUACCAUGUCAGCUUCCUAUAGUGAUAUAUACCAGCUGUAAAGCACUGUGUAUGUUUACUACUUCAGUAAGUUAUAGUGAAUUAUUUCCUAAAUUUAAAAAUACAACUGGGCUUUUGGUAUUGAUAGUAGUACUCAAAAACUUGCAUCUGAUUAGAUGUUUAAUCAUCUUUAACCCGAACAAUGAAAGAGUAUUAAUCAUCCUUGUUCUCAGCUAAGAUGAUUCUGCCUUGUAAGAGGACAUGUUUCUUUAGUCAGUCUUAAAGGUACAGGCAUUUCAGGUUUUAAGCCUCCUGAUUUACAGCUCAGGUAAUGUGUAGACUAUUUCUCUGGAAUCAAAUGUAGUUUCCCAUAUACUGUAGUAAAUGUUAAUCUGUUGUAAAUAUACAUAUUCUUUAGAUGUAGAAAUAUACUGAAAUGCAGGUCUUUUACCAUAUAAAUUUAUGCAAUCAUAAGCUUCAAAUAUAUUUUUCAAAGUAGAACAGGAUAUUAGACUAAGUUAUUGUGCAGUUCCAAAAUCGGAGACUGUCCCUAAUCCGAUGACGGUUGCAUACAAGUAUUCUGCAGAACUGGCGGCUUCCUCCCUAUCUACCUUUGUUGGCUCUGCUCUUUUUCCUCUGUGUGCAUGUGUAAGAGAAAAAGAAACAAUUCAGGGGAGGCUUUCUUCUGUGUGAAUGUGUGGCUUUGAAAACAAGUUAUUUGAGAAAGAACAUAAUACUUUGGGUGACCUGUAUGUGGAUUUACUAAAAGUCUUAAUUUAAGCAUAUAUAAAUGAGAGUAUGUAAAAAAAAAAAUAAAUAUUGUUUUUAAGCAAUGACUCUAGGAAUUGUUCAUCUUUCCAGAAAGGAGAAACUAAAGCAAAGUAGAAUCCUUUCCUAAUCUUGAUUCAUUAUUAUAUUUUGAUUUCUACCAUUCUUCUCAUUGGCCAUUGAUUUCUAAUAAUGUUACUAGAAAUAUCCUUGUUAUCAAAGCUUAGAUGGCUCCCUCUGCAUUUGAUUUAAUACACUUUCUAAUGCACAAGGCUUUCUGCCUUAGUUUCCAAAACUGCUGCAGGUCACUUGUUAAUCAUUUUCAUUUGUUGCCAUCCCUUUACAUCUGUACCUGAGUGCUCUUCAUCAGUUGUAACUGCAAGAAAAGGAGUCUGUCUGGUCAUAAAACCCCAAACUCCUCCUGUAUUUACUGUUUGUUUUCCCCUGGGCACCAUCACAAUCUGUGCUGGGCUUGGCUCCGUUAAUCAUUGACCUUGUUCUCUCUAAUUUUGCAUCAUCUGGUAAAGGUAACACUUUAAUUUUAUCUUAUCAAAUGGUUAUUGAAAAAUGGUUCUCUGUGUUGAAAAAUCCUCAAGGAACCCAACCAUGUACACACAUGGUCAUUGACUAAGUUGGUUAUCUCCUUCUGAUCUUGGCAAUCACUUUGGCUUCACUGAGAACCAUAUAUAUUAUUCUGGCCUCACCUUCCAUUCUGGAUCUCUGACAUGCAAAUCUCAGUGAUCUCUCAAGACUGUUCUCAGUACCCUCAGGAGGAGCUGUUUUUCUGUCUGUAAGGUUAGGAAGUAACAUCCCUUUAUCUAUGACUUCUUCCUUUAGUCUUUUUCUUUUUUUUCUUCUUUAAAGUCUACUUUCCUUUCAUUACCAUCCUUCAGCCAAUGCUGCAGUGUAAGAGAUAGAAUAAUUCUGCUCCUUAUCCAGAUUGCUUUCAUUCUUGUGGAAAAUACUAUUUGGCAUUUCUAAAUCCUUUAGUAUUUGUCUUGGUCCACUACAUUUGGAUUAUGCACGCAGAAAAUUCUAAUACAGUAGUGUCUUUUAAAAUUGGAAGUGGGUAUAUGCCACUAUUAAAUAUUAAAAAGAUUAAAUUCAACAUUUAUAUAAGGUCAAAGUUAAUGAACAUUUAGAGCAAUCUUCAAACUUGAUUUACUGUGUGGAGCACCUUUUGUUCAUCUGUUACCUGUGAGACUAAGCAAUAUGUGGAAUAUUUACAUAAUCAAAACUAACUACAUUCCCAUAACACUCAACUCUGGUAUGGGGAGGGAAAGAGGUCUUUAUCAUAGUAGUAUUUACUCCAUGUUACCCUUGGAAGCUAGAAUAUUGUUUGAGAGCAACCACAUCCUGCAACAUGGUUCCAUCUUUCCCAGAUACCAGUAAGAGCAACUGAAUAGUGUUCAGUGUGCCUCAAAGCAUGUGAUUUGAAAAUCAGAGUCAAAGAAACAGGAAAACAUCUGUUUAGAUUUGGAAGCAAUAAAUAUAAUGAUUAAAUAUAUUGUUGUAUAUAUGAUGUUACUUUUAGAUCAUCCUUCUUGGUUUAAUUGGAACUUGUGUUUGGAAACACAUAUUUAGAAUUGAGUGUAUAAGACUCAAAUGUCUUCCAAUGGGCAGCUCUUUAGGGCAACCUAAAAACAAAGGCUAGAAUUUAUAGGGAAGCAGCAGAUUUUGGUUCAACUUAAGAAAAAACUUUUCUCCACUUUAUAGAGCCAUACUUAGAAUAAAACUAGUUAUCAAAGACUAUGGCAUGUGGCAGGUGAUUAGCCCAGUAAAUUCCUACACAGGAGUACACAACCAAAGAUUUCUACAUUCUAUUUACACAUUUUCACCUGAUUGCUUACUGCUUCCAUUUAUUUAGCAUUUGGGUAUUCUCGGUAACUUGAGUUCAAUGAUUCUGCAUACUCAAGAUUGCAGUAAGACUUGAGUCUUAAAAGUACAUCAUUGUAGGAGCAUUUUUAUUGAAGGAAAUUUGUUCUUUUUUUUUAAUUACUCAGGAAAAAGGUCUGUAAAUGGUGCUGACAUUUAUAGUGAACUAUAUAUAAUGUGGAUUUUUCCUUCUGUCUACCGUAUGUGCACAUUUGUUUUAUAGUGAAUAGAAGAUUUUGAAAGACCAUUAUUUAAAAUUUUCUCCUAAAUUAUUGUUCUUAUUUCACUGUAAAUGUAGCUAUAUAGCUAAAUGUAGUGAUUCUAAUAAAAAAUUCUGUGAUUUGAAAGGAUAUCUUUAUAUCUUAAAAUUCUAGAUGUAUUUAUAAAUUAUAUUUAAUGAUGCUGAUGCUUAAUCAGAUUUAAAACAUAAAUAGAAUUUAAUCACAGGAUGAUAUUACACACUUAUCAAAAGAUAACUCUUCUAAAUCAUAGACUCAUAUCAAACUUGAAAUUCACCUUGGAAUCUAAUACAGCUCCGACCUGUUAAAGCCCCUCUGAAUUCUAAAACACCCUUGACAGAUGAUUUUCUUCCAAAUUCUAAUUCAGUUCUUUCAGGGUAAAGUGCUCACUACCUCCAUUUUUUAACAGGUCUAUUAGAAAGUUCUUUCUAACAUUGAAAUGUAAUUUUACCCCCCUUGUAAUAACUUUCCAUCCUUGGUCCUAGGUUGCCGUCUCCGUAAGUAUUAGAAACAGCAUGUCUUCCAUUCCUCGAAUAUCAAGGCUUCAUUUUCCUUCUUGUUCAAAUGCUUAACACUUUAAACCUGCACAAUGGCUGGGAUUACAUGCUUUCUCUUGUAUAGUUGCCUCAGAGAAUACAUCUUAGCUCUAUGGCUUUUUUUUUCUUUUUGGUGUGUUGAGCCUGACCAGCAUUGCAGAAUCGCUUGAUAAUGCAGGCAUCUCGUUCCCUUAAACAUUUCUCUAGCUCUUAUAAACCCAAUAUGGGUUAAAGCCUUGUAUCUCUUUCCUUCUACUCCCCAUCAACAUAAUCACAAAUAUAUAUCUUCUGGGAGAGGGAGUCUAAAGCCAGAUUUUAAUAUCUUUCAAUUAUUUGUCAUUAGAUACGGUUUUCAGAAUUUUUUAAAAACAAUUCAAAAAGAGACCCUAAAAAGUAUACCAAAAAAUAGAAACCAAAGCAGUCACAUUCUUGGUAGUUAAUGAGAGGACAGUUUGCUCACAAAUCAAUAAAGCCCAGCCUUAUAGUAACAAAGUCCAGAGAUUCAUCUGUACUUGUUUGUUUAGUUCGAUACAGCGUGAUAGUUCCAGAAAACAAGGCCAUUACUAAAUAACUCUACAGGUCAGGUAGCUUUAUUCAUCUCAUUAACUUUUUGACAACAUUCCCAAUCAUAACUGUCUAACUAGCUCAACAAAUUAUGCUACUGGUUCCAAAAGUAACAAGGUUAUUCGAAUAACUCAGAGUACAAUUCUCUUGAGUAUCACAUUGUGGUGUAAAUAUUUCUUCACAUGUUUGUCUUCCUCAUUUAAUGGGAAACUCUUAGGAAUAGUGACAUAUAUUUAUCAUUUCUGGACCUAGCAAUUAGCACAGUGCCUGCAUAUAUAAUAAGACAUCUAAUAAACUGACAUUCUGUUGAGCCAAUAUGUGAAGCAGAAUUUAUUAUAGUUAUAUUGUUACUGAAUAGGUUAGAUAUAACUGUACAUUUUGCAAUUGUUUUAAGGUACAAAAGAGAUUAUUUUGAUUACAUUAGGAUUUUGCAUUUUAGAAUGCUACACAUUGUACUUUAGUUAUCUAUUAAUGUAUGUAUUCAUUCUUUUUGUAAUAUUUGAUAUCUUUCUCAUGUUCAAAGUCUGGGUUAGGUAAUUUAUACAACUGUUUGUUAGUAUGUGUUGUAUACGAGCUUCCGUUAGUAUGUGGAAAAGUUGGUAAUGAAGUAUUUUUUGAGAAUGUAAUUGCAUUCAACAGUGCAUUGCCCACCUUUGGAGAACAUACACAGUUGUUUGUACAGUUGUAUAGUGUAUGUAUAAUUGGUUCAUGAGAUUAUACAUUGAAAAUAAUUUAUCCACUGAAUUUUUAGUGCUUAAAGAUUAUUUGUUCUCCUUGAAUUUUAAUUAUAAUAUUUAAUUCUGUGUUUCCUUUCAAAUGCAAUAAUAGAUAAGACAGUGACUGAAAGUUUCAUUAGUAGACAUGCAACCCCCAUUUCUCCUAUAAGAGCAUAAUAGCUUUAGUGGCUUUUUUCCUACUUAGGAGAUAGUGCUCAAAGCUACUUAACAUUGCAUAUCUAAGUAAUUUACUUCAUGUCCCUAUUAGUAGAAAUAUGGGCUUUUGCCGUAUGCUAUGAGAAAUAAAAUCAGCAUUUUUUUCAGGUCCAUGUUAACCAUAUUAACAU